AUUCAGUGUUACCAACUUUAUAAAAGAAAUACAUAAAAAAGCAUUCAAAGAUCUGAUUAUUACUUUUACGACCCUUUUUGGGACGGAUGUAAUAAGAAUAGGAUAAAUAUUUAUUAUUCUUAUGAAGGUUAUAUAGCUAUUUAAAUUCAUUUGUCUUAUUUUUUUAUCAAAUGCCUUAAAAUAAUUGGAUAAAAUGCCUACUUCUUUACUUUUUGGGAUAAAUAAUGAGGGAAGAGUCCAUACAUUAUCUACAUCGGGGUCUAUGUGGAGGGAGUUAACUUACGUAGGUCAGGAAUUUAAAAAGUUAUCUGCAGUACCCCAUUUUUUAUGGGCACUUGGUGGUGAUCAUCAAAUAUAUGUUUAUGUUCAUGGUUUGGAUGUCCCUAUUAAAGUUAGAGAAGAAAGUUAUGAAAAUGAAAGAUGGAUCCCCAUCGAAGGUUUUUCAUCAAGACUUCUCCCCACUGAUCGUUACCACUUUUCCAACAUUGAUGGUACAAUUGAUCGAUCAACUGAUAAAAUUAGAUUACCAUCAAUGGCAUGGCAGUGGGAAGGCGAAUGGCAACUAGAACUUACUUUGGACGGUCAGCCUUUAGAUCACAAUGGAUGGAUGUAUGCCGUUGAUUUUCCUGCUAAUUAUUACCCAAAAAAACAAUGGAAAUCUUGUGUUAGAAGAAGAUUGUGGGUGAGAACACGUCGAUAUGCUGCUAUGAAUUCAUGGUGUGCCAUUGCUCCUUUACAUAAAGAUGCUACAGCAGAACCUUUUAUUGAUAUUUCAAUUGGAGGACAAUUUGUAGCAGGAGCUGAAAUAGGAACUAUGCUUGUAUGGUCUGUAACAUCUCAUAACAGGGUUAUGUUCCGUACUGGUGUAACAACUCGUUCACCAGAAGGUGCAAAAUGGACUUGCGUUUCAGUUCCCCCCGGUUGUGAAGUUUGUCAAUUAAGUGUAGGUCCAACGGGAUUAGUUUGGGCAGCUCUUUUAGAUGGUCGAGCUUUAGUACGAAUUGGGGUUACUCGAGAAUGUUUAUCGGGAAAUGUAUGGGUUGAAACUCGUGGUCCAUCGGACGGUUUAAGAAUAAUGCAAAUUUCGGUUGGGGUUUGCUGCGUUUGGGCAGUAACUCAUGAUAAACAAGUUUGGUUUCGAAAGGGUGUUAAAGCAGACGGUGCUGUAAUUAGUGAGGAAAAUGCCGUUGGUUGUGGUUGGGUUGAAAUGGUGGGGAAAAUGUCAUCGGUUUCGGUUGCGGCUAACGAUCAAGUGUUAGCUGUUGGGGCUGAUGAUCGAGCUGUGUAUUUUCGAACGGGAAUAACAGGAGGAGAUUUAACUGGGAAAAAAUGGAAAAGUUUACAUGCUCCUUUACAAGUUAGCAGAGCAAGUAGUAACGCAAGUUUAAAUCGAGAUCGAUUAAGUAAUAGCACUAAAAGUACUUCAUCUUUGAAUCGUCCUCAUAGUCUUUGCGACACAACAUUAGGCGACAUAACUGAUCAAAGCCAUUCAGCGCCAACAUCUCUUCCUGUUGGUGAUAUGAGCAAUAAAUUUGAGACUCAAUUAAAAAAUCCGAGAGCUUGGAGUCCUGUUCGUUCUGUUGGAUCAAUCGUUGGCACUGAAGUUCAUCCCGAGUCUGAUGAAAGUUUGUUUAGCGAUAAAGCCGAUUCGUGCAUUUUUGCUGAAGAUGAAGAACUGGGUUGGGCUGAGUAUGAAGCUCCUUGGUCUUUCGUAGCGGCCGGGGCUUGUACAUUAGACUUAAACCAGCUCCCAAAUUGGUUCGCCGAACAAGGAAACGCUCAACACGCCGAAUUGGAACAACCAUGGCGAUUAAAAAUUCUUGAAGAUUUACGAUUGAGGCUUGACCCCGAUGAUCAACGAUUUAACGAUUAUCCUUUGGCUGUUGAUACUUCCUCUUGGGUGCACACCGGUGAAGCUAGGGUUAAUUUGAAUGGUAAUACCUUCGUCGAUUGCGUUGUUCAAUUGGAAUGGGUUCAUACUUCAGGAACUUUAACUAUUUUAAAUUCCGAUGGAGCAACGACAAUGCAUCAAUUUAGCUUAAAUGAAAUAACUUGCGUUCAAUCUUGUAGUGAACCUGGAUGCCCAAGAUUAUCUAUUCACACUCCUAAUUUAACCAUUCCAAUUGUUAGGUUACAGUUUGGUACAGAUGCUCAAAUGGAGGAGUUACAAGCUCAUUUUACAACUGUUUGUAGCGAGGUUCAUUUAACAAGAGGGAAAGCAAGUUCUUUAAGUGUUUGGGCUGUAACAACAUUAGGUGAUAUAUUUGUUUACGACGCAAAAGAUACUAUAAUCCAACACGGAAGUUAUGAACUCGAUUAUGAAUUAACAGGAAAACAGUUACCUUUAGAAAUCCCCUUACACACAAGUUGCGUACCGGAAACGGUAAUAAUAAUAAACGGCUGUCUACAAGAUGAUAUAACCCGAUUCGCUAUAAAUUUAGAUGCUUAUCCAAGUUUUCGAUCGAAACACAAAAAUUACACCGAAUUGGAAAAUUGUUGUUUACAUUUUAAUCCGCGGUUUGAAAAUGGUAAUCCGACAGUGGUUAGAAAUAGUAUGAUUGAUGGGAAAUGGGGUGAAGAAGAAAGAGUUGGGAUCACGCCAUUUAUGCCAGGACAAGAAUUCGAAUUAAAAAUUGAAGUGAACGUUGAAGAUUACGUUAUUUAUGUCGAUGGGGAACGAUUUUGCGGUUACAGGCAUCGCUUACCUGUUGGAAGUUGUACUUCUAUCUCAUUUUGGGGUCAAAUAACUUUAGAAAAAAUGAAAAUUUCGACACCAAAACCAAUCGUAAAUUUAAAAGAUAUAUAUUGGAGGCAGUUUGGGGGACAUUUACGUCGCGUUGAAACUUGUAAAGCAGGCGUAACCUGGGGGAUUGGUUAUGAUCACACCUGUUGGGUUUACAACGGAGGUUUCGGUGGAAAUUUCGCCGGAACUUUAAACAGUAAUAAUUUACGAGCUAUGGCGGAUACUCAAGAUUAUCGCGUUUACGAGAAUCAACGUUGGAAUCCCGUUACGGGGUACACAUCAGCUGGAUUACCAACGGAUCGUUACAUGUGGAGUGACGUAACGGGGAAACAAAGACGUACAAAAGAUCAAGUUAAAUUAUUAUCAGUCCAUUGGCAAUGGGUUAGCGAUUGGUUGGUGGAUUUUCAUGUACCCGGUGGUGCUGAUAAAGAAGGAUGGCAAUAUGCUGUUGAUUUUCCAGCUAGUUAUCACGCACAUAAACAUUUUACUGAUUAUGUAAGAAGGAGAAGAUGGUAUAGAAGAUGUGCAAUUGGUACAACAGGGCCAUGGCAAGAUUUGGGACAUACUAAAUUGUUGGAUGUUUCAUUUUGUACUGUUCAUGAAGGAUUAAUCACUGUUUGGGCUCUAGCUACUGGGGGACAAGCUAUGAUUAGAACUGAAGUUUCCAUUUCAAAUCCAACCGGUAAUAAAUGGGAGCACGUAAAUUCAGACAAAUCAUUAACAAGUAUUAGUUGUGGUCCAUUUAAUAAUGUUUGGGCAACAGCAUCAAAUGGAAGCGUUUUUGUUCGACACGGUAUAACGAUGGAUUUAAUACAAGGAGUUAAAUGGAUUUGUAUUGAACCACCACCUGGUAAUCCAUUAAAAGAAAUAUCUGUAAAUCAAAUUGGAGUUUGGGCGGUCUCUGAUAAAGGAAAGUUAUACGUGCGUAAAGAUAUUUCAUAUUCAUGGCCAGAAGGAAGCGUUUGGCAUUGCAUCGAGGUCGAUCCACUAAUAUCAGUAGGUUCAACUCCUUUAUCUACAAAAUUUAAGCACGUUAGUGUCGCUGUAGAUGAAGUCUGGGCUACAACUGAUGGUGGCUUAGUAUUGAGGAGAUUGGGAAUUUGUGAACAAAAUUGUAUUGGAACUGGUUGGGACAUAGGGAUUAACGGUAAUUUCCAACAGAUCAGUGUAAGAGCAUUAACAUAAAUAUUAAUUGAUCACAUUUUGUUGAGGGUUUAUUAAUAAGUUAUCUAGUCGUGUAUCAAUGAACUGAUUCUUUAAAACAAUAAUUUUGAAUUUCAGCUAAGGUAUUGUAUUGUGAUAGUCUUAUAAUGGUCGUUUCAUAAAUAUGGUUCAUUGUGAUAUUUUAAGAAAAUGUUUACAUCGAACUUUGAAAAACUUUCUUUUUAAUAUGAAACAAUAAUGCGCAUUACAUUUUUUGUGUAAUUUUUUUCUUAAAAUAACAAAAAGAAUAGUAAUUAACUAACCAUAUUUAAAAAACACCUAUUUAUUCCGAAUAUAUUCACUAUUUCUGCUUGUUUAAUAAGCUUUGAAAUAUUUUUAAAAAGGAUUUAUUAUGUUGCUGUGAAUUAUACCCAAAUCUAAUAAAACAUUUUAUUAAUUA